AUGCAAAUGUGGCUCAUUCUUUCGUUCGCUUUGGUGGCUUUUGUGGCAGCUCAGCCCGCUUUGUUUCCGGCAACUGUGGCACCUGCUCCUUAUACCAAUUUUCCUGCUCUGGCUGCACCUGCUCCAUUUCCAUUGGCCAUUUCCAGCAGCCAGCGCUUGGAUUACUUUAAUCAGUUUAAUGCCGCCUUUGCACCACAAGCACCACCAGCUCGUCUAGUUGCCACUCCGGCGGGUUUGGCUGCUUUUCCCACUCUCUUUGGCUAUCCAGGUGCCGCUCGUUUUGGUCAACCCGCUCGUCUCUUUGCUGCUGCUCCAGCACAAGCUCCAUUUAUCUUCUGAUUCAUAAACUGUUCCUUGAAAUUGACAUGUAUCGAAUCUAAACCAUAGAAGA